AUGCAGCACCGAAGAGCCGGAAGGCCCAAAUCUCGUAACGGGUGCAGCACCUGCAAAGCUCGCCACGUCAGGUGCGACGAAGAAAGACCAGCCUGCGGACAAUGCGUCAGUACCGGCCGCAAAUGUGACGGAUACACUCCUGGCAUCACCCAGAAACAACUGCACGAAAAUGUCCUGGCCGCCUACCAGCACCGUGUCCCUCCCAACCCCGACAAUCGGAUUGCAGUCUACCAAGGCACUCCCAAGGAAAGGGAGUAUGUACACACCUUCUGCACAUUAACCUCCCCCGUCUUUUCGGGGUUCUUUGUCUCCGAACUCUGGGAUCAUCUUCUUCCACAGCUGAGUCACACCGAGCCAGCUGUCCGUCACGCCAUCACGGCUGUCGCCGCCGCCCACCGGCAAUAUAUUGCAGGAUCCCAGGGCAGCGAGGAGGAAUUCAUUCUGCAGCAGUACAACCGAGCCAUUCGUGUCUUGGUCGACGGCCACCCGUCCACGGCACAGAGAACGCAAACCAGCCAGCCAAACCUCACCCUAGUGAACUGCUGUCUGUUCGCAUGCCUGGAGAUGCUCCACUCCAACCACCAGCAGGCCCUCGACCAUGUCGACGCCGGGCUGCAGCUUAUGUGGCAGGACCAAAGCGCCCACAGGGGCCCAGGCAAUCUCCCAGUCCUUGACCUCGAGCUAUGGGAUCUUUUUUGCCGGCUACAUAUGGAUCUCACGAUGUUUGGGCGCAGAACAUGGCCACUGGUGGUGGGAAGCAAUGAAGUCCAUAUACCACGCUCCUUCGGCGAUAUCACGCAGUCGCGGCGAAAUCUGACCAAGCUGAUGAACAAGACGAUGAUGGCUUCGCCGAACACGAACCUGCAGCCCCUGCUACUCCAUCCGGACAUGCGUGAGCACGACCAAGGGUUUCUUCAGUCCCAGCGUGAGCUGAUGACUCACCAGUCAAUGUACGCAGCGUGGUCAGACACAUUCAACCGAUUUUUGCAAACACGACAGGGCAAAGCCGCUGACCAGCGCUCUGUGCUUGCGUUGCGCAUCGACCACCACUUCGCCAUCCUGUGGACUCUUUCCACCACUGCUAUGAGUGAGAUGGAGUACGACAGGUAUGAUGCACAUUUCGAGAAUAUAGUCCGCAUGGCCAAGGGUCUAUUGCAUCUUGAGCGGUCGGCUCAAAAUGGUGUCUCUGAAAUGAGACCCUUCUGUCCUGAGCCAGGUGUUCUGCGCGCUUUACAAUUGACCGCCACCAAAUGUCGAGACCCCUUGCUGCGACGGGAAGCCCUCCGCAUCAUGUCAGAUAAUCCCCGGAAAGAGAGCGUAUGGGAUUGGAGGCGGUCGGUCCGGCUCGGCAAAUUCUUCACUCGUGUCGAAGAAGCUGAGCUACGGGAUUUACCGGUGAAGCACCGAGUGCCAGGGGAGCGGAACAGGAUCGUACAUUACCAAUCGUGGGACAACUGGGAAGCCAGUGAGACUCGGGUUCAGCUGUGGCUCUGGUCGGACUGGUCCAGACUCCAGGAGACAGGGUCUGGCCCUUCCAGGUUGAAACCUAGGUACCCUGCCCACGAGGUGUGA